GCUGCGCGGCGAGCCCAUCUCUUCGUUCCCCGCCUGUGACGUCAGCAGCUGAGAUAACCGAAGAUGGCGACGAAAGGGACGUUUACCCUUCACCGCAUCAUCGCGGUUCUCCUCGUCCUACUGCUUGGCUUGCUGGGCAGUUGUGAGGAGCAGGUGCCGCUCGUCUUGUGGACGCACCAAUGGACCCCUCAAGCAAACCAGCCACCUCCUGCAGCAGGUCACAUUGUUGAGCAGCAACAACUGGCCGAUUACCUAGACAAAAUGCUAACCACGGGCCCCCGAAAUGUGCUUCUAUUUCUUCAGGACAAGAUGAGCGUGGAGGAUUUCACUUUGUACGGAGGAGCUUUUGGAAAUAAGCAGGACAGCGUUUUCCCAAACUUGGAGAGUGCUCUGAGGUCAUCCUCCUCCACGCUGGUGCUUCCAGCCGUUUCCUGGCCAUCCUCCAACGCAGUAAUUGGUCACCUGCAAGAGCAACUGGAAACCUCGCCUCUCUACAUGGAUCCUGACAUGCUAAGUCAGCUCACGCUCAAUGCCUCCUCACCUGCCCUGCUCGUCUUCCGACUGCCCUACUACAUCGGGUCUGAUCUAAUGUCGGCAAAAGACGUUCUCAGUGGCAACGAUGAGGUGAUGGGCCAGGUUGUGAGUGUCAUGAAGGGCCAGUCCGUUCCAUACACGGCCAUCUACACCGCACUGCAACCGUCUAGAGGGGCUUCGUCAGUUUCCAUGGAGGCUGCAGUGGCAGGUGGACGCUCGCUGCUGCAGGCCAGAGGCGGAUAUAGAGAUCGGGAGCGAGAGCGCGAGAGGCAACGUAAAAUGAGGGAGAAGGCUGGCAUCUAUGCUCCAGUGGAGUUUAAGGAAGGUGAGAGCAGCUGUAUCCUCCUCUGGGCUAAAGGUCUGUCUGUCAGCAUCCUCCGCAGCGGCCGCUGGGAGUCACAUGAUCUCACCCCGUCCACCUUUGGCGAGGGCAUUAGUCCAAAGAUGCACGGUUCCAGCUGCGACAAAACUAAAGCAAGACUUGUCCUAAACUAUGAGAAUGUUCUUGGACACCGCAACUUCAAACUAAUCUUUGCACUGAGCCAACGCCACUACAAAGUGUCAGCCCGUCGCUGGUUCACUAUGGAUGCCGUUGAGUUGGAGUACGAUGGCACCAAGGCAACGUUUAACGGCAGCAGGAACAUUUAUGCCCCUGUCGAGUACUCGUACCGCUGCGAGUCUGUCAGCAGCUUCCGCUGGCCACAGCUUGUCCCACGUUCAUCCAAAGAUCCAUCCAAUCAGUGGAGGGUCACCUUUGAGGACUUCCAAAUUCAAGGCUUCAACGUGAGUGGCAGCAAGUUCUCAUACGCCUCAGACUGUGCCGGAUUUUUCUCGCCUGGUAUCUGGAUGGGCCUGAUGACUAGUCUCCUCAUGGUCCUAGUGUUAACCUACGGGCUUCACAUGAUCAUGCAACUCCGCACUAUGGACCGUUUUGACGACCCCAAAGGUCCCGCUAUCUCUGUGCCGCAGACAGAGUAAAGUAUUAACAUCCACCACAACUCAGUCUUGCAUCUAUCUGUUUAGCCACCCCAUGUCCCCCCUCCUGUCCUCCUUAAUAUAUUCCCAUCCUAACCCUUUCCACACUGGUCUUUGGCUUGUGUUUCUGGUAUAGACUAAGUGCAGAUGUUGUAUCCUAAAUCAUCUUUGUUUUCAAGUAAUAAAGGUUGUGCACGAAGUUGUUAAUGGCAUGCAUAAUUCCCAUGUGGAAAAAGGAAAAAUAUCUAUUGUAUAAAAUAAUAUUUAUUGGUGUACGAGUUUGUGUGUGUAUGUGUAUUUGGUCUUUUUUUUUUUUUUUUUUUUUUUUUUUUUUUUUGAAAAAAGGAA